GAAGGCAGGGCAGAGGGAACAGUAUGAUCUGCAACCUGUAUAUUCUGAGCAGCAUCAGAGACAUGCACAGCAGUGGGAGGCAUUCUUGCAAGCAUAAGUGAACCACCAACCCGGAUAGCAAUCCAAGCAAAUUUACCAGAGGAGGCGGGGAAGCAUGGAGGGAACGGGAGGUAUGAGAGGGAGCAGAUCUAUGAAAAGAAGAGGAGGAGAGGGGGGGUGUUGCAUGCUCACGGAGAGUGACAGAGACAGAGCAACGAACAAGAAAGAAGCUCAGAGAUAGAGAGGAGAGCACUGAGCAGAGAUGGGGACCGAUCACUGACACAGAGCUAGUUGGAAGGACUGAGAUCAACACAGAACAAAAGAAGAGAAAGAGGAAGUGAGUGAAGGUGGAUAGAGAGCAAGGGGGAAGGGGGCAAGGAGACACAAAAUGAUGGAGACCAGAAACAUUUUUUACAGGACGCCUUUUCUUCCCUGUUGCCUGCAGCAGACAUGACUCUGGGCACUGGACUGUGCUGAAAUUAGCCAGGGGGACAACAAGGGACAACGGGUCUGCAGCUAGCUGCUGCGGUUCAGCUUGACUGGAUGCAGCAAGGCAGCUGAUUUAUCACUGAUGGUCUGUGUGGCAGUGUGUGUGUGACUCUGUGUGUGUGCGCGGGUUUUUAUGGGUCUGUGUAGAGCUCAGAGCUAUGGGAGCGACCAUUCCUCCAGUCAUGAAAUGACAUUUAGCAGGCAGGAGCUUUGUGUGCUGGUGUGGAUCUGCUGUCCUCGGCUGGAAGAGUGAGAGUGGGAUUCAGAGCUGUCUUUGAGGGAAGGAGUGAGUGUGUGUGUGUGAGUGUGUGUUUACAGUGCCGAUUGCCAAGAUGAGCCAAGGAGAAUCAGCUGCAUGUGAUGUGUGUUUAUGUUAAGGAGGCAAGGUUGCAGGAAAGGCAAAUGCAUACAAUGCAAGGACAGGUGGAGAAGAGCCUCGAUGGCACAGAGCGCAGCUGAAGUGAUUGGGGGGUAAGGAGGAGGACGAGAAAGGAGUGAAGAAGUAGGGGACAGAAAGAGGCAAGUGGAAAAGAGAGGGCAAUCAUGGCUGUCAUACAGUGAGCUAUAGCAUAUGCUGUAGUGCAGAACAGAGUGGUGCUGCAGGGGGAGGACAAGCAUCACUGCGCUGGGGAGGGGGAAUAGAUCGAGGGAGAAAGAGGAGGGGGGAGGCAUUCAGCUUACCACCUCUUCAACACCAAGUGGGGGGGGGGGGAGCACAGCAGGACGGGCCCAGCAGAAGACAAUCACGCUCACGGGGGACACUCCCGGCCAGGUCGACGUGUAGAGGUCAGGGGGGGGAGCUGAUGAGGUACAGGGGUUUAGUGUAACCCCUGCUGGUGCAAGCAAGCACAGGCUGGUCCUGUGAGGCAGAGGAAGGAGUCGGUUGAGGGAAGAAGGGGUCGCUCCCCAAGCCCCAUUUCUGCCAUCGUUCCAUCACCAUGGGAGAAUGGACCAUUUUGGAGAGGCUGCUGGAGGCAGCUGUCCAGCAGCACUCCACCAUGAUUGGAAGGUGGCCAGAAAAAGGAGACCAAAGGGAUGUCCGUGUUGCUCUGUUUCUGCUGGAUAUGAUCCUGCUGACAGUGGUGGUGAUUUUCCGAAUUCUAAUAGUUGGAAUAGUGGGUGAGAAGGUGUACGAAGAUGAGCAGAUCAUGUUCAUCUGCAACACCAUGCAGCCCGGCUGCAACCAGGCUUGCUACGACAAGGCGUUUCCAAUUUCGCACAUCCGCUACUGGGUCUUUCAGAUCAUCCUGGUGUGCACGCCGAGCCUGUGUUUCAUCACAUAUUCAGUUCACCAGUCUGCAAAAGCACGCGACCGAAGCUAUUCCCUCCUGCAUCAUUACGUGGAUCACCACGGUCACGGUCACCAUGGUCGGCACGGUCAUGACCAUCAUGGUCGCAAGCUUCACGCGCGCAACAUCAACGGCAUCCUGGUGCAUCCCGAAAGCAGCAAAGACGAUCACGACAUGGACGUCAAAGAAAUCCCCAACGGGCCCCGAGGGCUUCCUGGAACACACAAAAAUGCAAAAGUGCGACGCCAAGAAGGCCUCUCUCGCUUCUACGUCAUCCAGGUCGUGUUCCGCAAUGCUCUGGAAAUCGGUUUCCUGGCUGGCCAAUACUUCCUGUAUGGCUUUAACGUGCCAGGAAUGUUUGAGUGUGACCGCUACCCCUGUGUGAAAGAGGUGGAGUGUUAUGUGUCCCGCCCAACAGAAAAAACUGUCUUCCUCGUCUUCAUGUUUGCCGUGAGCGGCAUAUGCGUGCUCCUUAACCUGGCUGAGCUCAACCACAUUGGGUGGAGGAAGAUAAAGACGGCCAUGCGAGGUGUGCAGGCCCGGAGGAAGUCCAUCUGUGAGGUGCGCAAGAAGGAUGUUUCACACCUGUCCCAGGCCCCAAACCUGGGCAGGACCCAGUCUAGCGAGUCGGCCUAUGUCUGACAGAGGCUUCUCCGCCUGGGAGCUCGGGGACCUUUGAAGUUAUGGAGAAGAGCUUUUCCUGGGCCUGCUCAGUAGAGAGCAAAACUGACAACUCUAUUAUUACUAUUCAGGAGCACAGAUUCUGAGUUACAACGGAACAAUGGUUCACCAAGUAGAGUUUUUUGACACUUGAAGAAAGAAGAAUCAUCUUCCUAACAAACUGAUAAAAACCUCUGCUCUGCCUAGGUGCCACGAGGUGCCUUCGACAAACACAACAGCUAAAACUGAGCAAACACAAGAAAUGUUGUAAAACUGUAAAGAUAGUCGGAGUUUAAAUGAUAAAAAGCUUUUGAUUAUUUGCCUUUAAGUCAGGAAACAGACCCCUUAACUUUUCAGUUAUGCAAGAGCUUUAGCGUGUGCAUGCAUACGCAUGUAUGUCCGGAGCCAGAAAACUGAAUGCUAAACCAAUUUAAGCAGCUGAAAGAAAGUUAAUAUUGUUUGUCAUUGUUCACAAUAUUCAAAAAGAGCACCCCGCCCCCAACAAAAGGUAUCAGCACUGAUACCAUCAACUGGAACACAGUAUCUGCUGGAGGUGUUGCAGCCUUUUCCUUUAAAAAAUGAAGUCACCAUUUUUCACCUGCUAUGUAACACUAGGUGCUAAUCAGAUGGCAGAGUCAUGUGGGAGCUUGGGAGCACACAGAGUACAUUAUCAAUGGUUUUAAUUAGAUUUCCAACAUUGUGUUCAUUUUGUGCUUCGCUCCCAGUGCCUGCAAGGCUUGGUGUUUACUCUCAGAUCCCACAGAAAACUGUGUCUCUACUUUAGCUUGUAAAAUGUGCUUGCUGUGGUGAGCUUCUGAAUGGAUUUUACACGUAAACCUUUUUUCUGAUGAACACAAAAGGUGAUGUAGCCACAAAUACGUUUAACUUAUAACCUCAGACUUUUCUCUCACAAGCAGAUUUGGUGCCAUACUUCAAAGUAAGUGUACAUAGAUAAAAUAAUUACACUUAGCCUUUUCCCUAAGAAAGUUUGGAUGGGCUUUAUGUUGGCGGGGGAGAAGUGGAUUCAACCGAUAAAUCAUAUAAUGUCAGCUUAAAGAAUAUGUAUCAUUAAUGUGCUCUUUGUUAUGCCAUCACCUUCUUACCAAGAAGAGUUGCUCCUAAAGGUGUUUUUUUCACCCCAUAUUGGACUGAAAAAAGCAUGUUCCUGAAGCAUAAAUAGAAUGGAUAGAUAACGAGAUGUAACUUUUUAAAAGAGAUUGUUUUAUUUAUUUGCAUCCUGCACCUGUAAAAUGUUAUAUUCAGCAUGCAUGAAGAUGAAAACUAUAAAGAGAUAGAAACAAAGAAUAUCAUUAAGGGAAUACUGAUGGUGAAAACCAGAAAGGCGCCACAACUGCAGCAAUAAUAAUAUGUAAUAUGUGAAAAGAAAUAUGUGAAUAAAUGAUUAUGCAGUGA